GAAGUUGCGUCAAGAGCAUGAAAGGAAAAAAAACACAAUUUUCCCUAUUGUAAGGUCUCUAGUUUGAGGUACAAUGCGGUCUGGGACAAUUUUAAGGCUACCUUUGUUUCUCAAGGUCAUUCUGCUGUUCGUAGUACAAGGGACGUGCGAUAAGGAAUUUGCAUUAACAGGUACAACUUUUCUUCAAGCACAGCGCGGAGAGUUGAUUACAAUUAAAGGUUAUUACAAAUAUUGUCUUACACCUUCGUUCUAUUGUCCGUCCUGCGUACGACAAGUGUAUCUGAAUCUCUUCAACAAAAGCAUCUGUCUUGCGUCCUUUGGAAAAGCGCAGCUGGACUGUCAGGAAAAACAUUUCUCUCAGCCAUUUACUGCUCCCAAUUCUGGUGGUACCUAUGAAAUUAAGAUGGAAGAAAUACUGGAUUUUAGCUGUGUACUAAGCCGAAAAUCAAACACCGGCCUAUCGCUUGGUACAGUUUUAGUUACAGAACCACCCACCAUCAUCAACGUCUCCAGUUUUCUAUUUGAAGUUGUCACAGGAGAUUCCUUGACACUUCAAUGCUCCGCGCGCGGCUAUCCUUCACCAGCAGUCCGCUGGUACAAAGACAGUAAACUGGUCCAUAAUGAUACAAGUCUUGAGCUCUCCUCGAUCAAACAGUCCGAUGCAGGACUCUAUGCUUGUAAUGCGUCAAACGUCGCUGGGAGUGACUCUCGUGUUGUGGAGGUCCUGGUGAGAGCAAGGAGACCUACAGUACACCAGACCGUAUCAACAUACGAUGCCAACAAUUUGUUUCAAAAUGAUUCAGUAACUUUUACAGUAAUUUUAUCGCACGACUUGUGGUCGCGUGACACUGCCUUUAAUACAAUAUUGGUUUGGACUCUUCCUUACUACGCGAGUAUGCUGAAUCACGUGCCUUUGACAAAUGUGUCUAGUCCUUACCCUGGAGAGUAUAAUUUUAAGAUUGGAGAAAUUCAGCCCGGGUCAUCAAAGCAAAUUAACAUCACGGUCCAAAUUGAUCCUAAACGUGUGCUUUCUGUUGGAAAAUACUUCCUGUCUGUACCAAGCUUCAUUCUGUAUGAACAACGCAUGGCAAGUAAUGCUGCCAAGUUGUUCGUGGGCUCAAUAGAGUCCGUAACGCUUAACUUUACAGUGAGAGAAGAUGCUCAGAGAGGAUUUCUGUUGAAUCCAUUGUUUGACGAAGUAUACCUCUGCCAAGAGAAGAAAAGUGAUUUGAAACCUUCCUGUUACUUUUCAAAUGAUGGUGUUCAAUGGAUUGGGCUAGAUCCGCGAGUGAAAAUGAUUUUUGGGAUGACUGUUCGUGGAUCGUUCAAAAGGAUUUUUGGCUUGGGAACAGAUAGUCGAUGUCACGCAGUCAGUAGGGAUGGCGUUACUUGGAGUUGCAUUUUGCCUGAGAAAUGGAAACGGGAAUCGUCUUCUAGGGAUUUCGUACCUGCUAUUUCAGUUCCUGAAAGGCUCAAGUCUGAUCUGCCCGAAAGCAAUUACAUUGCUACGAAAACUGAUGGAACAGUCUCAUAUGGAGCAUCAGCGAAAGGUUUACACAUGAAGAUCAGAUCAGGAGUAUGGAACUUAGUAGCCUCUUGGGAGUGUCCAUAACAGUCGUAUCGUAGAAACUGUAAUGGAAAUGAGAAACUUGUUCAUGGCCUCUACAUAACGUCGUA